UCCUUUUUCCCGAAACUGUCCCCGACCCUCCCUAUAGAACCAAUCAAGACUAGAUAGUUGGCAUCACAAAAUUAACUGAAACGAAUACUCUCAGUCUGGGAACUUCGACUCAAUUCAAUUUAUAUAUCAGGCUAAGUAUGCCAACUAUUUGCAAAGAUGGCUUUGCCGUUAGCUUCACCUCAGUCACAUCCAGUUCGAGUUCAGUUUGCAGCGCUUUCAGUUUAGAUUUUAGUUCAUAAUACAAGUCAAUCGAUACGAAACACAAUGUCAAAAUCGAUGCCAUUUGCUCGUGAAAGCCACACGCCAAAUAUCGGGAGGUAUACCAACUCGCGAACCCUGCAAUCGGUAUACAGUAAGUUACCACCUGUGAUGGGCGGCCAAAGAGGAGCAAGUGAAGUCUUCGUAGCCGGAGCAAUGAGUGCCCGGGUCAAAGGCGUCCACCUUGGGGCGCAUGACCCUGUUCGCGUGUGGAACUGUAACAAACCCAAGAUGGCUAAACCGGCUAAUAAAACCUACAACGUCUAUGCAAAACAAAAGACCAGUUCAGUGGGAAAAGAUGCACCAAAGGCGAUCGUCAAGCGGUGGGUGCAUCCCCCGACUCCUGACCAUCGUCCCAAAGAGGACAAGAACAAGGGUGGAAGGCCAUGCAAUUAUGAGUCGUUUUAUGUGCCCUUCGAGCAAGAUGGUAGCGCCAAAGCCGAACCAUUGGUCGGGGCAUUCUUUGUGCCGCUGGACGACAAUCGGGAAAUGCCGCAACAGAGGCGACAGAAAACCAAACCAGUCAACCUGGCAGAGGCAAAAGCAAAAGGUUUUAAUGCCGCGAACCGGCAGCACGGGCCCGAAAAUAAAGCGGCUAAGAGGGUCUGCAAUUUUGGGAUGCAUUCGGAUAGAGAUCAGCUGCUUUUCAGCAAGUUUCAGCAACUGCGGCCGGCAGGAGAGCGGUUUGUGCUGAAGACCGGAGAGAUGGUCGCCCUGAUUGCGGAGAUAAAGUCGCGCCAGGGAAAAGCCAACGAGCAGAUGACUGUGGAAUCUGUGCCGCCACUGCCACCGCCGCCACAGUUUGCAGAAGAUCCAAAGGAGUCCAGAAAGCGACUGCUAUUGCACCGCUGCCGCACGCAGACACUCUUCUCGACUUCAGACUGCGACGAAUCGCUGUAUAAGUACGCCUGCCAUUUGCCAUUUGUCAGGGAUCCAGCGCAUCCUGAUGUAUUUCGGCCGCGGCUGAAUCGAUUUUCGUCCCGCCAGUAAAUCCGAAUUGAAAAGCAUUUAUUCGCUUAGCUGCAUUCUUACAUUUUUAUAUAUUUUGUUACUUGCUGAACGUAUGCAGAAACUUUCAUUUUUGUUUUGGAAUUCCACUCAAGCCGGUGUUUCUCUCUAAAGACCAAGAAUUGGAAAGGA